GAGCUAAGGGAAAGUACAGUACUUACUGCAGUCCACAUCUGAGAGACCUUGCCACUGUGCCUGCAGCCUGGUCAGAGAGGAAGUUUUAUCUGUGCACCCCUUCUGUGAGGAUGAACAAUUCUCACGCUGCGAAGUCCUGUAUGCUCAUCCUCCUUGUGACCCUACUGUGUGCAGAAAGAGCUCAGGGGCUGAAGUGCUACAAUUGCCUGGGGGUCCCACUUGAGACUUCCUGCAAUUCAACUACCUGCACCUACUCUGAUGGAUUCUGUGUUACUCAGGUGGUAGAAGUUGUUGUGGAUUCUCAAACAAACAAAGUAAAGAACAGCAUGUGUCUUCCCAUCUGCCCUGCUGAUCUGGAGAAUAUUGAGAUCCUGCGUUCUACCAUCAACGUGAAGACUUCCUGUUGCAAGGCAGACCUCUGCAAUGCAGCCAUUCCCACAGGAGGCUGCACCUGGACCAUGGCAGGGGUGCUUCUGUUCAGCCUGGGCUCAGUCCUCCUGCAGACCUUGCUGUGA